UGCCGAUGGUCUGACGUCACAACUUGUGGUUCAAGUUUUUUAGCAUUUGAGAGCCUCAUUAUUUCCCUACAGAGUGCCUGAAUAUCUAUAUUGAUAUCAUUACUAACUUCAGAGUGCAUAGUAGUUUGUGACUAUAGGGGCUUACCAAUUGAUGAACAUACUGGUUUUGACUUCAUGGAGCACCAACUGAUGCACAUAAAAAGAUGACAGGUCAUGAAGACAUGGAUUCUCAGGAGCAGGAGGGUUUGGACAUUAACUGCAGACGUGACCCGGACAUGAGCGGACCGGGGACGGGCCAGCCGGCGGCGGCGGGGGCCGACCGCGCCGCGGCCGCCGCCGUGACGCCGCCGGCCGUCACCCGAGCCGCUGAGGGCGUGUACGGCACUCUGGCGGCCGCCGCCGCGGCGCCGGCGCCCGCCGCCGACUCUGCCCGCUCUCAGGAGCCGCCGGACGCCUCUGCGGCGGCGGCGACUGCGGGCUCAUCACCGGACGAGCGCGGGCCCCCGCGCCGCCGGCUGCCGCGCCUGCCGCUGCGGCCCGUCCGCGAGUGGGACUCGUCCGAGUCGGACCAGGAGCAGGACGUGCCACAGCCGGCGCCGCCGCGCCACGGCCGCCUCCGACGCACCCUGCGCGCGCUGCGCAUGACCCGCAGCCUGAUGUCGCGCUGCCGGUCGGGUCGCGGCGCGCCCGUGUCCCCGCCGCCGCCGGUGACGGCGCCGGCCGCGGUGGCGUCAGGGGCGGCGGCGGCCGGUGACGCGCCCACGGCCGAGUCGAGACUGCUGGUGUCACACUUCACCGAGCUGGGCCGCGACGGCUCGCUGGUGCAGCGCACUGUGCACACCACGGUGGACUUUGUGCAUCGGCUGGUACCUGACCUGCUGCACAUCGUCAACAGUCCCUUCUACUGGGGUGAGAUGGACAGGUUCGAGGCCGAGCGACUGCUCGAGAACAAACCCGAGGGCACGUUCCUGCUGCGCGACUCUGCGCAGGAGGAGUACCUGUUCUCGGUCAGUUUUCGGCGCUACGGCCGCUCGCUGCACGCGCGCGUGGAACAGUGGGAGCGGCGCUUCUCGUUCGACGCGCACGACCCGGCGGUGUUCGCGGCGGCCACCGUCACGGCGCUGAUCGAACACUACAAGGACGCUGGACGGUGCAUGUUCUUCGAGCCGCUGCUGACGCGGCCGCUGCCCCGCUCCUUUGUGUUCCCCCUAUCACACCUGUGCCGCGCCGCGAUCGUCGACCGUGUCGGUUACGAUGAAGUGGCGCAGCUGAAGCUGCCGCGUGUGCUGAGGAUGUUUCUGAAGGAGUACCACUACAAGCAGCCGGUGCGCGUGCGUCGGUUCGAGCUGCCCGAGGACGGCGGGGAGCCGGUGGAGCGGACCCGACGGCAUCAGUGUGACCACCACUGGAUGGUCACCAGACAGUGAGCGCCGUGUGUGUGUGGGGGGGGAGGGAGGAGUGCCGGGGGAGGGCCUGGGAGGCGGUGCCGAAUAGUGACCAGGGCACAGGUGAAACGGGGUACAAUCCAAAGCCUUCGUUCUAUAGUAUUGUUGAUCCCUUUCGGUCAUGAUUUUAUCGAUUAUAAAAAAAAAAUCCACUGGUAUGAAGCUGCAUGCAAUGAAGACGCUCUUGCAUUGGGAUUUUCUUGCAUUGGGAUUUUGCGGCUUCGGGUUUUUGUUUAUUCGGCUUAUUCCUUGUUUCACCCCCCCCCCCCCCGCUGUUCGCCUGACCAUGUCUGGGUGUUCCGAAUGUUACACCACCGUCCGUCGAAUGUACCUAGAGAUCUUGGCCAACGGGCCUGUAUAGUGAUAUAAGUGAUGUAGUCCUGCUGCUCCAUCUCCCAUAAGACGAUCGCUGAGAUCUCCGCGAUCCCUCUGAUGUGAUAUUUGGCCGUCCGGCCGCUCGCCAUGUGUGUGGCUUGUUUACUCCACGAGUUUCCUUUUGUUGUUGUUUUCGUAGAGGUCCUUUUUUAAUUGCUAGUGAUAAUGGUUGAAGAGAUGCGAUGUUUGUUGAUUAGAGUGCAGACAGUUGACUUGUGCCCACAGAAAUGCUAUUUUAUUGCGGUUGCCAAUCAUGACAUGCCAAAUAUACGUAAAUAUUUGGGAAA